CUGGGAUCGCUGGGGGGCCGCGGGACCCCCUGGGAUCGCUGGGGGGCCGCGGGACCGCCUGGCAUCGCUGCCGGGCCGCAGCACCCCCUGGGAUCGCUGCCGGGCCGCGGGACCGCCUGGGAUCGCGGCGCCGCGCGGGUCUAGAGAGGCCAUGGCCGCCCCCCGCCCCCCCCGCGUAGUGCCGGGCGAAGCCUCCGAGAGCGACUCGGAGCCGGAGCUGCUGGUGGGGACGGCAGGGCAGGCCCCCGGGGCCGGGCUGAAGGUGCCGGGCGAAGCGUCCGAGACCGAAGAGGAGGAGGAGGAGGAGCAGGAGGAGCAGAGGCCGAAGACUCCGCCAGUGCUGGCGGAGGAGCCGGCGGCGGUUUGGGGGAGCGGCCCCUCGCUGCUGCAGCAGCGGCUGCGGGAGGGCACGGGGCGGCUGCGGGGGGCGGUGGGCAGCGCCCUUCGGCAGAGCUACGGCAGCGCUGCCCGGAGCCUGGGGGGGCUCGGCGGGGCCCUGGGACGGGCGCAGGUCACAGCCGCCGCGGCCGCCCACUGCCUGCGCCUGGCCCGCCGCGAUCUGCGCGCCGUGGCCGACACCAUCGACAUCGUCACGGCCUGUCACCUCCUGCCCGACAUCCGCGGGCAGCUCUGACCGGCGCCGGGAUGUGGCACGGCGUUCACCAUCCCCACUGCGGCUGUCACCGGCGGCGGCACCAACACCUGGCAGACAUCUGCGGGCAGCUGCCAGCAUCACUGUUGUCCUCUCGGCAUCACCAGUGCCACGUAUGCCGUGGCAGGGUCAUUACCGGCAGGGUCAUCACCACAGUGUCCUGCGGAGGGUGGACUUGUGCUGGCACUGAGUCAUGUUUGGAGCACCCCUGACUGACCCUGAAGACCUCCUCACCAGAGUGGCAUCAUCACCAGUGUAGCCACAGUGACACCAAACAGUGGCUUUGGUAAAGAGACCGCCGGCCUGGCACCCCAGGACCUCCAUGCUUUGGUGACACCAUCGCUGCUGGCCGCCUGGCCAGCCGCCACCAUCCCUGAACUGCAGCCUGGUGCUGGCUCAUCACCAUUGUCCCCAAAUGCCACUGUUUUAUGUGACAUGGAACUGAAUAAAGCCGUGAUGGCGUCAGAGCCAUAGUGGGGA